AUGGAUAUGGAUUCUCACACCCACGGCGACAUGACUAAUACACAGCCCGUGAACGUUUCCGAGCUGGUCCCAGUGCCCCAUGAGGUCCACCACAUGCACGGUGUGCCUAUCCUCGAGACAGAGCUCACUCCGGCAGAAAGACUCUUCUGGGAGGCCUACAACACAACUUCCUACUUUACUAUCGAUACUCCUCACAAGACCAACUUGUACAUUCACCUUGCUCUUAUUUAUCUCGCAUACGUUGUGAUGUACCCGCUUGCGCUUGCCGUCAAAGACACAAAGAUGUUUUUCCCUGCUCUCGUUGUACAGUCGGGCGUGGUUCUAGUGUCCAUUGCAAACUACUCCAUCUUCAUCACCACGGCUCCCGACUUGUAUCCUAACAAUGCAUACACGAAAAUGACCUCUGGUCUGGCCAUCAUGGUCCUCAUUCACGUUGCCAGUGCGUUUGUGUACACGGCCAAAAAAUGGCUCGAGGGUCCUUCCAACACCAACCAUAUGCCAUUGCCGGGAAAAGACAUCCCCUUGUCCCCAAUGGACGGAUACGCUUCUCCUUCCAACACCUUGUAUGAUCCAGAGGACCACAUGCAACGUCUCAGUGACGACUCGUUCGACCUCGAAAGCACACCAGGCACCCCGCACGCAAUGGAGUUCGCUUCGGCAGAGCCGCAAAGAUACAACAGGCUUCUUUCGAAAAUCUUCAGCUACCGCAUUGUCGCAGAGCUAGUUUCUGUUUUCGGGGUGGUCUGCACCUUUAAUUACCAUUUCCUCAACUGGGGAAUGCUGUGCUACUUUUUAAUUUACGCUCCAACAGGAGUUGCAGUUUUGAGCUGCAUUGGAAUGAACGAGCAUGUUUUCAACUUGCUGGCCCAUUUCAUCAAGGGAGGCGUCUUCUUCAGCAUGGGAAUCGUCUCUCUUGCCAGAUAUUGCGGAGGUUGGCCCAAGAUGGGCUGGGCUUGGAACAAGUCUUACAUUUCGCCAAUGGAAAAGCCAACUUCCUUCUUGUACAAGAUUCAACCUAAAAAAGGUAUGGUUACGAUGGAGAUGCUCGAGAGUUCUUUGAUCUUGUUUUACGGAUGCACCAACAUCUUCAUGGAGCACCUGGCAUCGCCGGGCGGUGAAUGGACCGCCAAGGAUCUGCAGCAUGUUUCGAUCGCAUUCUUGUAUCUUGGGGCUGGACUUUGUGGAGUUAUUGCAGAGAACAAGAUGGCCGACUGGAGACUGGAGAAGUUCAACACCGAGUUUGGUGCAGACUUUGAGGUUGACGGCUACCGUCCUGCGCACGUGACUCCCGGUUUCAGUCCUAAUCCGUUCCCAGCGUUCACCAUUUUCUGGACCGGACUGUUGAUGUCCCAACAUCAACAGGCUUCCGAGCUGUCGACACAGGUUCACGUGCAAUGGGGCUCGUUACUGACGUACGGCUCGCUUGUGAGACUUGCCACGUUCGCACUCAUGAUGUUCUACCCGCAGAAAUCGUUCAAUCCAACCAAGCCGUUCACAGAGCUCAUCACCUCGUUCUGUCUGCUGUGUGGAGGAUUGGUUUUCAUGGAGAGCACCGAUCCUGUCAUUACUGCGCUGGAAUACAGAGGAAUGACUCCGAUGUUCACCUUGAACGUGAGCGUUGGCGUGGUUGCACUUGUGAUGGCGUGGAUCAUGGUUGUGUUUUCUGUCAGAGACCGGUACAGAUACUGA